UCAACGUUCAAACUCUGAAUUUUGGAUUCUUUCAAAAAUGUUUUCUUCUUCCAUAAUCCAUUUUCCUAUUACCUUCUAUCUCUAAUCUUUCUUUAAACACAAAAAAAGGAAAAAAUGCUCAAAAACUUCAGAAAUUACAAAAAGAUCAAUUACUCAAACACUGUUCUCAGCUCUGAUCAAAUCAAAAAAAGAUCCCAACUUUUAGGGUUCCAAUUUCAAAAUCAUUUUUUUUUUUCAGAUACCCUUUUGAGUUCUGACCAAAACCCAUAAACUUUCUUUUGGAAAAUUAUUGUGGUUUUCUAUAUGAUCGAAGAUGUAUAGCAAUUUUAAAGAGCAAGCAAUAGAGUACGUUAGGCAAGCAGUACAAGAAGACAAUGCUGAAAACUAUGCGAAGGCAUUUCCUUUAUAUAUGAAUGCUCUAGAGUACUUUAAAACUCAUUUGAAGUACGAGAAAAACCCUAAGAUUAAGGAAGCAAUUACUCAGAAGUUUACAGAGUACUUGCGCCGGGCCGAGGAGAUUCGGGCCGUGCUAGAUGAAGGUGGUGGAAGUGGGCCUGGUUCAAAUGGAGGUGAUGGAGCUGUGGUUGCUAAGCCCAAGACUAAGCCCAAAGAUGGUGGUGAAGAUGGUGGGGGGGAGGAUCCUGAGAAAGAUAAGCUUAGAGCUGGGCUUAAUUCGGCGAUUAUUAGGGAGAAGCCUAAUGUGAAGUGGAAUGAUGUUGCUGGAUUGGAAAGUGCUAAACAGGCGUUGCAGGAAGCUGUUAUUUUGCCUGUCAAGUUCCCUCAGUUCUUUACAGGCAAGAGGCGGCCAUGGAGAGCUUUUCUUCUAUAUGGUCCUCCCGGGACAGGAAAGUCUUACUUGGCCAAAGCUGUUGCUACUGAAGCAGAAUCCACUUUUUUUAGUGUCUCAUCAUCAGACCUUGUAUCCAAGUGGAUGGGUGAAAGUGAGAAGCUAGUUUCAAACCUUUUCCAAAUGGCUCGUGAAAGCGCUCCUUCCAUUAUAUUCGUUGAUGAAAUCGAUUCCCUGUGUGGACAGCGAGGAGAAGGAAAUGAGAGUGAAGCUUCCCGACGUAUUAAAACAGAACUCCUUGUGCAGAUGCAGGGUGUUGGACACAAUGAUGAUAAAGUUCUUGUACUUGCAGCAACAAAUACACCCUAUGCCCUAGAUCAGGCUAUACGGCGAAGAUUUGAUAAGCGUAUCUACAUUCCUCUCCCAGAUCUGAAGGCACGGCAACACAUGUUCAAAGUUCACUUAGGCGAUACCCCCCAUAACUUGAGCGAGAGUGACUUUGAAGACCUGGCCCGUAAGACAGAGGGGUUUUCUGGUUCAGAUAUUUCCGUUUGCGUCAAGGACGUGCUAUUUGAACCUGUACGUAAAACGCAAGAUGCUAUGUUCUUUACUCAGACUUCUAAUGGUACCUGGGUGCCAUGUGGACCAAAGCAACCGGGUGCUGUGCAGACAACUAUGCAGGAGCUUGCUGCUAAAGGACUUGCAUCCCAGAUAAUCCCGCCACCCAUUACAAAGACAGACUUUGACAAGGUUCUCGCACGUCAAAGACCAACAGUGAGUAAAUCUGACCUUGAAGUGCAUGACAGAUUCACAAAGGAGUUUGGAGAAGAAGGUUGAAGAAAUUGAUUCAUCACUGGUAACUGCUAUACCUGGAGUUGCCAUGAUUUGUAUUCUCUGCUUCUUGUAUGAAAAAUUUGCGAUAUUCAUCAUAGGCUCUUCAAACGGGAUGUUGACAUUCUUUACCCUUUUAGGAAUUGUGUUAGUUUUAGCUUUGCAUGUAUCUAUCAUUGUCAAGACAACAUUGCAAGAAUCUUUGGUUGUAUGCCUUUUACAAUUCUAAUUGCAAUCACUUUAUUCACAAA